UCCUCAUUCCUCCAAUAGCAAUAAAAAACAACAACAACAAAUUUUCACUUCUUUCUCAACUUUAUUCACCUUCCUUGUUCAGAAAGUUGCUCUCAUUCUCAAUCUUCGAUCCUCACCCUUUCACACUUAUAUAUAAACCCAUAACCUUCCCCUUCUCUCAAUUCUCUUUCAAUUUUCUCGCACAAAAUGCAUCUCUACAAUGCAUGGCUUCCACCGCCUGUGGCGGCUCAGACCGCCGCCGAGAGAGACUCGUUCGCUCGCCUCAUCGCCACCGUCAACUCUUCCUUCACCCGCGAUGAUCCUGAAUCCGUCUUCUCCACUCUCAAAUACGUCUCCGUCCUUGACCUUUUCAUAAAGGCGAAAAGUGAUGUUUCCUUGGAAGAUGUCCGCACCCUUAUUCAAAUGGGACUGGAACUAUUUCAUAUGUCCCGUAGCAAGCUUUAUGCCCAGGUUAGAUGGGGAAAUUUAUUAAUCAGACUACUCAACAAGUAUAGGAAAAAGGUUGCACUGACUAUUGAGUGGAGGCCUCUGUAUGAUACACUGGUUAGCACACAUUUUACCAGAAAUACUGGUCCAGAAGGUUGGAGAGUAAGACAACGUCAUUUUGAAACUAUAACUUCCCUUGUUCAAUCCUGCCGGAGAUUCUUUCCAUCUGGUUCCGCCUUUGAGAUAUGGUCCGAGUUUAAAUCUUUAUUGCAAAACCCAUGGCAUAAUUCGUCCUUUGAAGGAUCUGGUUUUGCAAGACUGUUUCUACCAACAAAUUCAGACAACCAGGACUUUUAUACACAUGAUUGGAUAACAGAGUGUAUAGAUUUGUGGGGAUCUAUACCAAAUUGUCAAUUCUGGAACAAUCAAUGGGCAGAUGUUGUAGCUCGUGUUGUAAAAAGUUACCACAAUGUUGACUGGGAGUGCUUCUUGCCUCUGCUUUUUGCUAGAUACCUCAAUAUGUUUGAGGUUCCUGUUGCAAAUGGAAGUGGAUCAUAUCCUUUUUCAUUGGAUGUCCCAAGAAACACAAGAUUUUUGUUCUCCAAUAGAACUUCCACCCCUGCAAAGGCCAUUGCCAAAUCAAUUGUCUAUUUACUAAAACCUGGUAAUUCAGCACAGCAGCACUUUGAGAAAUUGGUCAACAUUUUGGAACAAUAUUAUCAUCCCUCAAAUGGUGGUCGAUGGACUUACUCAUUGGAUCGCUUCUUGUUUCAUUUGGUGAUUCAAUUUCAGAAGCGUCUACAGAACGAGCAAUUGUUAGAAUCAAUUAUCAUAUGUCAUAUUUUCUGUUUUUUUCUGUGUCUAUUUUAUGCAACUGAAGUAGUUCUGUACUACAGGGGAACAAAUAAUAGCAAACCCACUGAACAGCAUCUUGCGGAAUCAGAUAGGGCUUUCUUUGUUAAUUUAGUGCUAAAAUUAAUUGAUCGUGGUCAAUACAGCAAGAAUGAGCAUCUCUCUGAGACAGUUGCUGCAGCAACUUCUGUAUUGUCUUAUGUGGAACCCUCAUUGGUUCUGCCAUUUGUGGCAUCUCGGUUUCGUAUGGCCCUUGAGACGAUGACUGCCACCCACCAGUUGAAAGUUGCAGUCAUGUCAGUGGCAUUUGUUGGGCGUUCACUAUUUUAUACAUCCAUAUCGGCUUCCUCCAUGAAACCAGUGGAUCUUGGUGGUGGUGAUGAAACAUUCAUUGAUCUUGUGGGGGUUUCAUUAUCCAAUGCAUUACUUGGCAUGGAUGCUAAUGACCCUCCAAAAACCUUGGCUACGAUGCAAUUAAUUGGUUCCGUUUUUUCAAAUUUGGCUUUAUUGGAUGAUAAGAUUGAUGACUUAACAUUAAUGCCGAUGAUCCGCUUUUCUGAAUGGUUGGAUGAGUUCUUUUGCCGUCUGUUUUCUCUACUUCUACACUUGGAACCCAGCAGUGUUAUAAAUGAAGGUCUGCACUCAUCAGCAUCAUCAGGAACUUUUCUAGUUGAUGAUGGUCCAUAUUACUUCUGUCUACUUGAAGUUCUUCUUGGGAGGCUUUCAAAACCACUGUAUAAUCAGGCGUUGAAGAAAAUUUCCAAGUUUGUUAGGACAAACAUUCUUCCUGGUGCUAUUGCAGAGGUUGGACUACUCUGUUGUGCAUGCAUUCACUCGAACCCAGAAGAAGCAGUCAGUCAACUUGUUGAGCCAAUAUUAGCGUCUGUGAUAUCCUCUUUGAAAGAAACACCACGCACUGGAUUUGGAGGAGGAAGUUUUGAUGCUUCUGUUUCAACCAAGGUUAGAUCGACCAUUUCACCUGCUCUUGAGGCUGCAAUUGACUAUCAACUAAAGAUAUUAUCAGUUGGAAUCACAUAUGGAGGUCCAGCGCUCCUCCGGUACAAGGAUCAAUUCAAAGAAGCUAUCUUCUUGGCUUUUGACUCGCCAUCGUGGAAGGUUAAUGGGGCCGCUGAUCAUCUUCUGCGAUCCGUUCUUGGAAGUCAGAUUCAUUAUUAUCCAAUUGACCAGUAUAAGUGUGUUUUUAGUCACCCUGAUGCUGUUGCUCUAGAACAAUGGAUUAGCAUGAAAGAUUUUUACACGGAUGAGAGGUUGAUCCCAAAGUGGCAUGUUCCUAAUGAUGAAGAAAUUCAGUUUGCGAAUGAGCUUUUAGACAUUCACUUUAAGUCAGCUUUGGAUGACCUGUUGAAAAUAUGCCAAACAAAAAUCCAUGCUGAUCAAGGAGAUGAGAAAGAGCACUUGAAAGUGACUCUUUUACGUGUCGAGUCAACAUUGCAAGGACUUUUUUCUUGCUUGCCUGAUUUUGUCCCAGAAUCUAGGAAUGGAAUGGUUGAAGAUUCAAACCUUACAUUUCUAAUUGCUGGGGCAACAGGUUGUACUAUUGGUAGCACUGCUCUUCGAGAAAAAGCUACUGAGGUUAUUCAUGCAGCAUGCAAAUAUAUUCUUGAGAAAAAAUCAGACGACAGCAUCCUGUUGAUACUCGUUAUUCGUAUUAUUGAUGCCUUAGGAAACUAUGGAAGUUUGGAAUAUGAUGAGUGGUAUAGUCACAGGCAGGCUUGGAAGUUGGAAUCUGCUGCCAUCAUCGAACCCCCAAUUAAUUUCAUUGUGUCAACUCAUUCUAAAGGAAAAAAACGACCUUGGUGGGCUCUUAUCGACAAGGCAUUCAUGCACAAUACCUGGAGGUCUUCUCAAGCAUCUUAUCAUCUUUACCGUACAAGUGGGAAUUUCUGUCCAUCAAAUCACGUGACUAUGUUGAUGGAUGAUUUGUUGAGUCUCUGUUUACAUAGCUAUGAAACUGUCCGCCUACUUGCUGGGAAAGCUCUAGUGAAGCUGAUCAAGAGAUGGCCAUCAACGAUUUCAAAAUGUGUGAUUACCCUUGCUAAUAACUUACAAGAGCCCAACCCCAAGGAAUGUGAAGUGUUGGGUUCUUGUUCAGUCCUUGCCUCACAGACAGUUCUCAAGCAUUUGACAACGGAUCCAAAGUCAUUCUCAUCAUUUAUCUUGGCAAUUCUUUCAAGUUCUCAUCAUGAAUCCUUGAAAUCUCAGAAAGCAAUUAACGAGCUUUUUGUGAAGUACAACAUCUAUUUUUCUGGAGUAUCUAGGAGCUUUUUUAGGAUUUCAGAGAAAGAUAAUCAUACUGGUGGACUGGGUUUUUCAGAUUUGGUUUCUCAGAUUGGCUCUCUGAGUUUUGAAUCUACUGGCUUGCAUUGGCGGUACAAUUUGAUGGCUAACAGAGUUCUGCUCCUUCUUGCUCUGGCGUCUCGGAACCACCCAAGUUCAUCAUCUAAAAUCCUGAGUGAAACUGCUGGACACUUCUUGAAGAAUUUGAAAAGUCAACUACCUCAGACACGGAUACUUGCAAUUUCAGCUCUGAAUACGUUGUUAAAGGAAUCACCUUAUAAGCUGUCUCCUGGUGAGAAAUCUGCUGUAGUUGAGGAUUUGCAAGGCAAUAUCAAGUCAUCCCUUGAAGGAACUUUAACUCAAACUUUUGAGGAAGAGGGUUUCUUCAAUGAGACCCUCACUAGUCUUUCUCAUGUUCAUAUAAUAACUGAUAGUGAAAGUGCUUCAAGGGGAAAUCAUGGAGAUUCCAGUUUCCAAAGUUUAGCAGACAAAUCUAUAACCCGUUUUUAUUUUGAAUUUUCGGCUUCAUGGCCACGUACACCAAGUUGGAUCUCCUUUUUAGGAAAUGAUAUAUUCUACUCAAGUUUUGCUCGUAUUUUCAAGCGGCUAGUACAAGAAUGUGGCAUGCCUGUAGUAUUGGCUCUUAAAGGUGCAGUAGAUGAGUUUACAAUUGCCAAGGAGAGGUCUAAACAAUGUGUAGCCGCUGAAGCAUUGGCAGGCGUGUUACAUUCUGAUAUUGAUGGUCUAUCUGGAGCAUGGGAAAGCUGGCUGAUGCCCCAGUUGAAGAAUAUCAUUCUCACACAGUCUGUUGAAUCAGUUCCUGAGUGGGCCUCUUGCAUAAGAUAUGCAGUUACUGGUAAAGGAAAGUACGGAACAAGAGUUCCUCUUUUGAGGCAGAAAAUUCUAGAUUCAUUGAUGGAACCUUUACCUCCAACAGUACCUACCACCGUAACAGCCAAGCGAUAUGCUUUUCUGGCUGCUGCACUUAUAGAAAUUUCUCCACAAAGAAUGCCAGUAGCUGAAAUCCAGCUUCACAAUACACUUCUGAAGGAGGUCCUUGGUAAUAUGUGCCACUCAUCAGCCCAAGUGAGGGAGGCUCUAGGGGUUACCCUUUCUGUAUUGUUCUCUAACAUUCGGCUAUGUCAUUCAAGUUAUAAUGCUAAUGCAUGUGAUGAGAGAAACAACAAUGUUGAUAGUUUGAUGGAAGAUAAAAGCUGGGUUAAGUUUCUGACAGAGCGAGCAGCUGAAGCAGUUGUGAACAUUCAGACUGCAACCCAAUCAGAUAAAGCGGUGAAUCCCAUGGAUACAAGUUCACAAAAUGGGCAUUUAGAUGGUGAUUCACAAGAUGAUAUGAAAUGGAUGGAAACGCUACUCCACUUCAUCAUCUCAUCAUUGAAGUCUGGGAGAUCCUCCUAUCUACUUGACGUAAUUGUGGGGCUUCUUUAUCCUGUGAUUUCCUUGCAGGAAACUUCAAAUAAGGAUCUGUCGACAUUAGCCAAGGCUGCAUUUGAAUUGCUAAAAUGGAUGGUCGUUUGGGAACCUCACCUCCAGAAGGCCAUAUCUGUGAUUCUUUCUGCGGCUAAUGAUUCCAAUUGGCGAACUCGGUCUGCCAAAUUGACAUAUCUGCGUACUUUCAUGUACAGGCACACUUUCAUUCUCUCAAGUUCAAAGAAACAAGAAAUUUGGAGUACGGUCGAGAAGUUACUAAUAGACAACCAAGUUGAGGUACGAGAACAUGCUGCAGCAGUUUUAGCAGGUUUAAUGAAGGGUGGAGAUGAGGAUCUAGCUAAAGAUUUCCGUGAUAGAGCUUAUUUGGAAGCAAAUAGUGUACACAGGAGAAGAAAAUUGAGAAAUGCAAGUUCUGGUCCAUCUGUAGCAUCUGUUCAUGGUGCUGUACUAGCUUUGGCAGCUUCUGUAUUAUCAGCCCCAUAUGACAUGCCCAGUUGGUUGCCCGAGCAUAUUACACUGCUAGCUCGCUUUAGUGGGGAGCCAUCUCCUGUGAAAUCUACAGUGACAAAAGCAGUUGCUGAGUUCCGGCGGACACAUGCUGAUACAUGGAAUGUUCAGAAGGAGUUAUUUACUGAAGAGCAACUUGAGAUUCUGGCAGAUACAUCCUCUUCAUCAUCGUACUUUGCGUGAUCUAAUGAUCCCAGGACAUUGUUGGGUAUUGGAAAUAUUGGUUAGGGAAAGUAUGAUUUUCAUUUUUUGUAUAUCUAUAAUUGGUAAAAAUAGCUCUUAUUUACAUUUGGUACCAUUGAUUAGCUUCAUAAGAAGUUUAUUCCUUAAUCAUAUAUCACAAGUUGAGCUUCUAUUCUAA